CACAUCACUAACAUAUGCAACCGAGAACCAGCAUCCAUAGCCAAGGUCGAGUCCGCCCAUUUUGUGUGUAUGCCUCGUUCGGGGGUGGUUCUGCCUUAUGUCCUUAGCCCCGCCUUCUUUCCAACGGGGGUAAGUUCCCAGUCAAACAGCAUCUGGACUCGGCAUUCAAUCAGUUGCUCAUUUGGCUGCGGCUUCUCAAACGGAACAGAACAUACUUUCCCAUUUCCCGGACACAAAGAAAAACUGGGAAAUGGCCUGGCUACCAAGCAGCUCGAAUGGAGCGGACAACGCGGACGAACGGAGCACUGCUUCGAGUGCAUCCUCUGGACACAGCCAGCACAACGAGUCUCCGCGUUCCGGCAAUUUAAAUGGCAAUGGUGUUAUCCGGGACACAGGCAGGCAUCCGCCCGCUCUUUUGAGGCAUGCCACACCCCAGCUGCUGCCCAAGACGGAGUCCGUAUCCGACGGUGACGGUGACGCGGAGCUCUCCGACUUCUCGCUCAAUGACACCGAAGAGGACGAAGAGGAUCUGCGCGACUAUAUCGUGCUGAACGGCAACCAGGCAGAUGGCGAGGAUUACCCAUUUAAAGCAGGUAAUCGUUCUCUGUCCAGUUCACCACGUAGUCACUCUCGCAACGGACUGCUAACGGCGCCGCCCAGCUCCGGAAGCUCUGUCAGCGGUUGCGGAGGAGGCGGAGGAGGGAAUGCCUCCGGAGGCAAUGCAUCCAGCGGCGGAGGCAGCGGAGCCACUGGCGGAGUACGCAAGGUGUUUACCAACACAAGGGAGCGCUGGCGUCAGCAAAAUGUGUCCGGUGCCUUUGCCGAGCUGCGCAAGCUGGUGCCUACGCAUCCGCCAGACAAGAAGCUCUCGAAGAACGAGAUCCUUCGCUCGGCCAUCAAGUAUAUAAAGCUACUGACGGGCAUCCUCGAGUGGCAGCGACAGGUGCCUUCGCUUCCAGCUAGGGGUCAACUUGAACCAAACAACAAUGACAACAGAAUGGUCAAUGGUCAUGCGACGGAUGGGGAACUUGAGAACCCAGAUAUCCAAUCAGUACGACACAUAAAGUGUGAACGAGCCGAAGGACAGAGGAAUGGGAUUGGAACCGGGGGCAAUGACCUGCUCAUGAUUGCCCCGGGAGCUAUCAUCAAAAGCGAGCUUCUCAUGGAGGCAUCGGUACCGAGUGCUCCACUGUCACUGCCCACUGCUCCGCUGGCCAUGGUCGAAACUCGGAUUUCCGGAACAGUUUCUGGCCUUAGGGCGACUGGCAGUCGAAGCAACAAGCGACGCCUCAAGCUGGAAGGCGGGGCCACCGAUCUUAGCCUCAGCAAACGCCGCCGGACGUAGGAAAUCCCUGGAAGCCGGCGGUGCCGUGCCAACAUACGGUACAUACAAAACACAUUUUUUUUAUCUAUAGUGGCUAAAAUGUAUUUUUUGAAAAGAGAUUACUGUUAGUUUCGGUCGUCUUAUUCGAUAAUUUCGCGUUAUGAAAUCUGCUUUUCUUACCAAUGAAGGCAAAAAACUAAAUAAAUAAGAUGAUGUUACGCUUA